AUGGCGUCUGAAGUGCGAAAGUCGGGUAGCGGCGGUGAAAGAACGGCACGUAUCAUCACUGGACAUCGAACACCACAUCAACCAGGACAGGAACCGAUGAUAGCUAUCGCCCUCUCUGACAUGGAAUAUGUGAUGAGGACAGCUCGAUCAGCACGAUGUACAACAAGAGAACGUGAACCGGGUUGUACAUGCUGUUGUCAUCUGAAAUCAGCAAUUACGAUCUCUCCAAGGUCAGCACAUUUCACCGUCGAAGGCGGUCUUAGUAUACACAACAUCAAGAAUAUAAGUAAAACAAGAUUAGCCAUAAAAAUCACCUGUUCUGAUAAUACGCUCUAUCGUGUCACACCCGUUUAUGCAAUUCUGGAACCAGAGGAAGUUGUUGUAUUGAAUAUAGGAAGACUCGAUGGUCAGCCGAAAAAAGAUCGCCUUGGAAUUCUAAUGAUCGAUUUCAAUGAACGUGAACCGGGUUGUACAUGCUGUUGUCAUCUGAAAUCAGCAAUUACGAUCUCUCCAAGGUCAGCACAUUUUACAGUCGAAGGCGGUCUUAGUAUACACAACAUCAAGAAUAUUAGUAAAAGUAAGUUAUUUACAAGAUUAUUGCACGACUUCUUUGAGAUCUGUCAUAAUUUUCAAAAGACCCACGUAAACGUUUGGGAAUUUUCCAGUGAUUUUGACAAUAAUACACGUUCCACUGAGCUCAAUAAACGAGACAAACAUGGAAAGUGA